CGACAGUGUUUUUAGUGGGUUGCGAUGGGUUUUCUGCUGUGUUUACAACAUUUUAUCCAGCAAAAAUGCAUAAAUUCUUCCUCUGCGGCGUUAUAAUUCACUUAAUCUUUCUCUCAUCCAUCUUUGAUAUCUACUUCCUGUCUCCCAUCAUCCGUGAUCUCAGUCCCCAGAAGGAUCUGGAAAAUCCUCCGGCAAAAAGGCUUGUCCUCUUCGUAGCCGAUGGCUUGAGGGCUGAAUCCUUCUACCGGGAUGGCUUCAACCGGACUGAGUACUUAGGGGAGAUUGUCAUGAAGCAGGGAAUUGGUGGAAUCUCUCACACUCGAGUGCCCACAGAAUCGCGUCCUGGCCAUGUCGCUCUGAUUGCUGGGAUUUAUGAGGAUCCCAGUGCUGUGACACGUGGCUGGAAGGAUAAUCCUGUGGAUUUUGAUUCUGUUUUCAAUCGCAGUAGAUUGACAUUUUCGUGGGGAAGCCCGGAUAUUCUGCAGAUCUUUGUGAAGGGUCAGGAAAAGGGGCAUAUCUUCACGCAAUCUUACACAAACAGUGAGGUGGAUUUUUCUGGGCGGAAUAGGACAAUCUGGCUGGAUGAAUGGGUAUUCAUCCGGACAAAGAAGUUCCUUCUGAGAAAUGUUACAGAAGAGCUUAAAAAGGCUGAUAAAGUGAUCUUCUUCCUGCAUUUGCUGGGCCUGGAUACAGCUGGGCAUGUCCAUAAGCCCAAUUCCAGGAUGUUUGUGAAGAAUCUCGUGGCUGUUGAUCGUGGGGUCAGGGAGAUUGUUUCCCUUUUUGAAAAUAUCUUUCCGGACGGUAAAACGAGCUUCAUUUUCACUUCCGAUCACGGAAUGUCUGACAGAGGAGCCCAUGGGGCGGGUCAUCAUCAUGAGACUGAGACUCCUAUAGUCGCCUGGGGUGCUGGAGUCACCAAGAAGACGUUUUGGAAGCCCCUGGAGAGCAUAGAACAGGCAGAUAUUGCUCCACUAAUGGCAGCUCUAAUUGGCGUUGCUCCCCCGGUCAAUAAUGUAGGAAUGCUACCCAUUCAGUUCCUAAAUGUCUCCCCAGACUACGCUGCCCGGGCCCUCUGCUCCAAUGCCCUGCAAAUCCUUGCGCAAUUCAAUAAAGUUUCCGGAGAAUUUCAUGCCGGAAAGCUGAGCCGAUAUUUUCGCACGUUCGAAAAAGAGCAGACAAUCAGGGAUGUCUCCAGGGAGAUUCGACGGAAAAUCGCCAAUGAGCAGUACGAGAAAUCCCUUUCUAUGAGCCACCAGGUCAUUAAGGAUUGCCUCCAGGGCAUCGAAUUCUAUCAGACCUACUACCAGAAACUCUUCCUGCUCACCGUGAGCGUGGCCAUGAUCGUCUGGAUGAUCAUCUCGUUCCAGGAACUCACUUCCGGGCAUCUUGAGUACGUCACGAGAGUCAUUGACUGCCGCGUCACUGUGAUUUACACGAUCCUCCUUGCCUUCACUAUCACCUUCGUCAUUCUGCAGCAGAUCAACUUCCGCCUCACUGUCUACCUCAUCCUGCCCAUAAUCCUGCAGUUCGUGACCCUCAAACGAUGGAACUACUUCAAUGCCAUCCGAUUCAGGACCAAUAUCAAAUUCAUCCUUCUCUAUGCCGCCGGCGUGGAACUCUUCGUUCUGGCGUUCUUCUACAGAUUCACUCUGGCCGCCAUCCUCCUCAUUUACUGCGCCAUCGAGUCAGUGAACCAGUACAGGAAGGGCCUGCCAAAGAUGAUGCUAGUCAAGUGGAUUGUCUCAUCCGGUAUCCUCUCCAUUUUCCCAUCGCUUCCUGUCAUUGAGAAGGACGCCAAUGAUUUCCUGCUCCUAUUUUUAGGGAUACUUUUGUGGUUAGUCCACAGCUUAGUAUCCUUCCUGCAGGCCUUCAUGAGGAGAACAGAUAGCCGCUGGGAAUUGGCUCAUAAAUAUGCCACGAUGAUGCUCCACGUGAUCGUCAUCAUAAAUCUCCUGGGAAGCGUUAAGUCAAUCAAUGAGGGAGCUGGUCUACAUCCCCUCUACCAGAUGGUUUCCUGGAUUUCCCUGAUUCUUGCGCUCAUUCUGCCCGUUUUGAGUUCCCUGGAGCCAGAAAAAAGACUCUGGACACUGGCUAGCAGCUUCAGUGUUCCGAUCUCAAUCAUGUCGCUCUCAUACGAGCCCAUCUUCUUCUUUGUCUUCUCCGUGAAUCUCAUCACGUGGUUUCAGAUGGAGUUCUCUAGUCGUCCAGCGGACAUUACCAAGAACUUUCUGGACCGAAGAGAUUUUAUCCGGAUGUACAUCAUUCUUCUGUAUAUUUUUGUAUCAUUCUUCGGUACAGGCAAUUUUGCGUCAAUCAGUUCAUUUGAUCCUAAUUGGGUGAGGUGCUUAGUGACAACUUUUUCACCCUUCCUCAUGGCCACAUUGAUCAUCCUGAAGCUAAUGGCUCCGAUUCUACUGGUUGUCUGCGUUCUACGGACAAUUCAUAUGAUAUCCAAGACGGAAAUUCGCAAACUGUUCAUUGUGAUUUUGCUGAUAUGCGAUGUGAUGGGUGUAAAUUUCUUCUAUUUGAUCACAAAUCGCGGUUCAUGGUUAGAAAUUGGCCAGUCAAUAUCGCAUUUUGUCAUAAUCGAGGUGACUGUUUUGGUGCUGCUCCUCCUAUUCUUUGUCACACAUCCGUUUACCAAUUUGGACUUGGUGACCGUUCUGCGGAACGGUAGGCAAUUGCUGCCGACGACCAAGAGGCGCAAAUUUCAAUAAAUGUCUACGUCCAGUGAAUAUUUUAUUUCUCCCAUGCAGCAGAGCUCACCAAAGUCUCAUGACGGAUCAUCGGCUUUUAUUUUACCAACACGUUCUGCAAACUUCUGGAUGAGUCACUUUCCGUACUUUAGCUUUAGGUGGAUACCCUUCCUUGGGAAGCCAAAGAGAAAUUAAUGGAGUAUUAUUAUGAACAAAUAAAAUAAAUAUGUGAUCGAUGGAAAUGAAUGUCCUGAUCGAUUUUAAAUAUA